AUGUCACAAUCCAGUUUCUUCGCGACGAUUUUUGAGGCUGCAGCCAAUGGAGAUAUCGACAUGGUCAAAAACUGGAUCGACCCACGCCGAAGAGAGCUACGACGAGACAAAGAUGGCAAUACAGCUUUACAUUUCGCCUCAAGACACGGCCACAAUGUUAUCGUGGAAUUGCUCUUACGAUCCGGAUCAAGCCCGCACUCAAAGAAUUCCAAAGGGGAGACCGCCCUGCAUGAGGCGGCCAAGUCAGACUCCGUGAGCGUUGCCAUAAUGCUUGUGACGGCUGGUGUGUCCCCCGAAGUCGAGUCGAACGAAAAACAGACGGGUUUGGACGUGGCAGUAGCCUUUGGCAGCGUCAUGACAGCUGCGUAUCUUGUCGGGGCCUCUUCGACUGGAACCAUCUGGGCGGGCUUCAGGAAAGCCUUGCGAUAUGAUGAUCAGGCUGAAAUGAUGGAGGUCUUCGAGGACUCGAUCGAGUUUUUGCUGGACGAUGAAACUCGCGCAGGCAACUUCCUGCUGGUAUCCGCAUACCAGGGCGACGAGAAGGCAGCUCGGUAUCUGCUCGACCAUGGCGUGAGCCCCAACGAUGCAAUUGACCACAACGGCGCCACGCCACUGCAUCUCGCCGCGUCUUCGGACAUGUCAAUAUCGCCAAGGACCUACUUUGACGCCGGCGCCGAAGUGAACGUGAAAGACUUGAUGGGCGGCGGCACGCCGCUCUUCGCGGCAAUCCAAGGCCAGAAACUAGAGGUGGUCAAGGUUCUGCUCGAUGCUGGCGCCACCACAGACAUCGUCCUCCGUCAGAGGAGGCUUCGGCGAGAUUUGGUUCACAUAACAGCACAGGAUGAGAGCCCAGAGAUCCUGCAGUUCCUUUUCGACCUCGGGAUGGACCCGAACACUCGGGAUGAGGCGGGCGCCACGGCCGCAAUGCACUCUGCCGGCAACGGUCACCUCGAGACCUUGAAGGUGCUGCGUGCCGGGGGUUGUGACAUAUUCGCAGCAUCAGAGGAUGGAACGACACCUCUCAUUCGUGCUGCUCUCGGCGGUCACACAAAUGUCAUAUCCUGGCUCCUGGACCAAGGAGCAGACAUACACGCCAGCGACGUUUACGAAGCGACGAGCCUGAAGGCUGCCAUCCAGGGACGACAUGUUGAAAGCGUCCAACUUCUAUGCUCUCGUGGAGCCGAGGUGACCACCAGUCGCCUCAGAGAAGCCAUCAGCCGUGGCAGCGCCGAGAUCGUUAGCAUCCUCGUCUCUCACGGUGCAAAGCUUUCUGGGACCCAACAGGAUUGCGAGAUUCUAGAGAUGGUUGUGGGAACAAACAACGCCUCUCUUACGAGAGAGCUGGUGAAGCUCGGUCAAUCCAUUGACAAGCUCAAUCCGAAGGACAAACUGGAGUUUCUCUUGGAAGUAACUCGUAAAGAAUACGUAGACUGCGUCGAGGCGUUCCUGGAACAAUGCGAGGACAGGAGCUUGUCAAAUGAGGUCAGCCGUGUGACCCCUAUCCACCUCGCUGCUGAGGUAGGCAACGUUACAAUCUUCAAUAUGUUGGCCGAAGGGGGUUUCUCGCUACACAAAAGUACCCAGUACGGCCAGACCCCUCUUCACCUAGCCGCGCUGCAGGGACGCGCCGAGAUCAUCAGGGAGCUCCGUGGAGUCAUCAGCACCGAGAACCAGGACCGCAACGGGAACACGCCGCUUCACUGGGCCUCAUCCAAAGGCCCCGAGAUGGCAGUAAAAGAGCUGCUGAGGCAAGGGGCAAGCGUGCGCGCAAAGAACGAUUAUGGCAUCACUCCGCUGCAUCUGGCUUGCAGUGAAAAACACGUCACCGUCGCGCAGGCCUUGCUCGACGCCGGGGCGUCGCCUUCAACAAUGUCCCUCAGUAUGACCAAUGCCUUGCACGUAGCGGUCCAGACGUCUGAAGACAUCGUGCGGAAGCUUCUGGAAACAGGGAGGUGUGACAUUAAUACUAUUCAGGCUUGUGGGAAAACGGCGCUUUUGCUGGCAUCAAGCAAGUCCAUCGCCGCGAUGCUGCUAUAUCAUGGCGCGGACGUUUCGGCAUCGUCUUCGGACGGGUACAACGCGCUGUGCACGGCAGCGUUGGCUGGGAAGACGGAGUUGUUCGAGUAUCUGUUCCCCAAGUUCGAAGAAUGGCUCGUUCAUGACGCGAACCAGAUUACACUGUGGCGCCUGAUAUGCCGAGGAGGAAGCACGGAUAUCCUUAAGUUUCUGGAAACGACUCAGGUAGGUUUAAGAGAUCUUGAUUCGGAAGACCUACUAUCUUUGCUGGCGGAAGCUUCUUCAAACCCCGAAGAUUAUGUACUGUCGAAUGUCAUCGAGGCUCUUCUCGACGUCGAGAUGCUACAGGAUCUCAAUCUUGCUUCCCGGAUUCUUCUGCUUGCUGUUGAGGCCGAAUGCGUCGAGUCGACCAGGAUUCUUGCGUCUCUAAAGGGGAUACAUGACGUGGCUUUCGUUGGUGGGCGGAGUCCUCUGGAUAGAGCUAAGAAGGGCGACAACAGCGCUCUCGUUGAAGCGCUCAUAGAAACAGGGGCAGAAGGAGGACUUUCGAAGGCCAACGAACCAUGA